GACAUUUUAGUUUGUGUGAAUGUGAUAGAUAGUUGAUAUCAACUUGAAAAUUGUGAUUUUACCGAGAUGAUGACAAAUCAAGUUAUAUUAAAUUGGUAACAAUCACUAUUGAAAUAAGUUUCAUCUUUGCCUCAUUCGUAAUUAUUAUUACGUCAAAAUGUCUAACGAAGAAAAUGCAUUAAAAGGGUUUCUUACAAAAUAUAAAUAUCGUGACUUUACCUCCAAAGAAGUUACAAGUCUUAUACAAGUAUAUCGUGGCUUGACUUAUCGUCUAGAAGCUUUUGUAUUCAACAAUGGAGCAAGAAAGGAUUUGCUAAAUCUGGAAGGUACUAUUCCUGUGAAUUACAAAGGCGCUUAUUAUAAUAUACCAGUAUGCAUUUGGUUGAUGGAUACUCAUCCACAAAACGCUCCUUUAUGUUUCGUGAAACCAACUCCAGACAUGUCGAUUAAGGUCUCUAAAUUCGUAGAUAGCAAUGGCAAGGUGUACUUGCCUUAUUUGCAUGAGUGGAAGCCUAAUGGGUCAACCCUACAAAACCUAGUUCAAUGUAUGAUUACUGCUUUUGGUGAAUUGCCCCCUGUUUACUCCAAACCAAGAAAUGAGGUUCGAGCGCCAUACCCUGCUGGGCCAUUUAUGCCACAACCUGCAGGGUACCCAUAUGGCCAGCUUCCAGGACCUCCUAAGCAACCUCAAUAUCCAACACCUGUUCAGCUUCCAGGACCUCCUAACCAACCUCCAUAUCCAACACCUAGCCCUUACCCAGCAACAUCUAACUUACCAUAUCCUAAUUUUGGCACUCCUUACCCAGGUCCUGCUAAUAUGAAUGGCACUCCUUAUCCUCCAAAUUUUGCUCCAGCUACUAGCUAUGGUCCAAGCCCUGAUGUAGCAGGUGGUACAAUAACAGAAGAACAUAUUAAGGCAUCUCUACUGUCAGCCGUGGAAGAUAAACUAAGGAGAAGGCUAAACGAACAAUCACAACAAUCACAAGCUGAACUUGAAACAUUACGUAGAACUCAACAAGAAUUACGUGAAGGAAAAACAAGACUUGAAGAUAUACUUGGUCGUCUACAAAGAGAACGAACAGAUUUAGAUAAAAAUGUAGCGACGUUACAAGAAAAAGAGAAAGAAUUACAAUCAGCUGUUGAAAGACUGGGUGGACAAGAGGGUAUAGAUGUUGAUGAAGCAGUAGUUACUACAGCACCCCUUUACUCACAGCUAUUAAAUGCAUUUGCUGAAGAAGCAACACUUGAAGAUGCAAUUUAUUAUAUGGGAGAGGCCUUACGAAAAGAAGUUAUUGAUUUAGAUACAUUUCUGAAACAGGUGCGUACCCUAGCACGCCGUCAAUUUACUUUGAGGGCCCUAAUGCAUAAGUGCAGGCAAAAGGCACAAUUGGCUUGUUAAUGUUAAUUGAAUAUUUUGUUAUCUGUACUACCAUAUUACUCACAUGAUAAGCGGAGCAGGGCUUGUAUUUUGUGUUAGUUUAGUUUUAAUCAUACUGCUAUUUACUUGAGUAGAAUUAUUUUAUGAUAUAUGUCACAUUAUUGCUUUAAUGGUUCUGCUGUUUGGUUAGUUGAACUAAAUAAAUUUUAUAAACUAUACUAGUGCUAUGUAUUUGAAUUAGCUUUUAAUAAUUACCCUAACAUAUCAAGGGUUGUUUAUUUCUUGUAUCAUUAAAUGUAAUGCAUGAGAGAUAGUUUAAUUUAAAUAAAUUAAAGUUUUGUAUUACAUAGACAAUAAGACUACACUGAGAAGGCUGCAUAAUUGUUGUGGAGCACAGGGCUUUUAUUUGUAUAUGUAUUUACCAUAUUUAGGUUUUUUACGCAAUUACAGUGGUGUUAAUUAACUACAAUGUACAGAAGGAGUAUAACUGUAUUCGAAUUGGUUUAUCUGAAGAAACUUACAAACCAAGAAGUUUGAAUUUCAGACUAGAGGCUACUGAUUUUUAUUCUUACAGAAUAACUGCCAUUAGACAUUGUAGAGACCCCUAGUGCAGUGUAUCAUACACAUAUAGUUCAUAUUUAAGCCAAUAUUAUAUACAAUUAUUUUUUAAGAACUCUACUCCUCAAAAUGAGAGAGUAUAUCAUUUGAGUUUAUUAAUCAUAUAACAAAUAAUAUUUUAUUUUAUACACUGUUCAUGCCCAGAAAGUUCAGAAAUAUACUAUUUAUAGCAGUUUUAGCCAAAACAUAUAUGUACUAUGUUAAUUAUUAACUAAAGCAAAUAAAAAAUAUUAUUUGUCAAAUUUUUAUAAGAUACCAAAUUAUAAAAGGUUUGGUGGUUGAUGCUUAUUUAUGUUUCAUAUUUAUAAUCUAAAUUUAGUGUCUGAAAAUAAAUAAUUGUAGGUAUAGUAAAAACACAAAAAAAACAAGUUGUCUAUAUGUAAUCUCAAAAAAUCUGUAAUAUAUUGUUUAGAUACGUAAAUGUGCAUAUUUUAAUCACUAGUUAUAAUGUUUUAUCUAAAUAAAAUUGGCAAAAUAUAA